AGUAUUUUGCUAUCUGUUUCUGCAGCAUGUUAUUCGAGCAGUCAUUAUGACAAGUGGACGGAUCUAACGUACGAGGAUUUGGUAGCUUUAUUAGACAGCGGAGACAUACAGCUGUUCGAUGUGCGAGAGCCAAAGGAACUCGAAGAGACCGGAAAGAUUCCCAGAUCAGUGAAUAUACCAUUGGGUCAGUUGGCUGAUGUUCUAUCACUGUCCCCUGAAGAAUUCAAAAAUCGGUUUGGCGUGGACAAGCCUAAGGAAGAUGAUCAAAAUAUCGUAUUUCAUUGUCGUACUGGCGUGCGCAGCAAAAACGCUCUUCUGAUUGCUCGGGAGCUUGGCUUACCAAAAGCUCGUCAUUAUGUGGGCGGAUUUGAAGAGUGGGCAUCCAAACAGAAACAGAGGAAGUAAAACUCCAUUCUCAAGUCCUGGUGUUUUUUUAUUUUUUUUUUAUUUUUUUUUUCCAGAGUUACUUUUAAAUACAGUCUCAACAUGUGCAUGUACAAUGAAACACAAUGAAUUCUGCCUUAUGAAGUCUGAAGAUGUGUUUUGUUGAGAGCCAUAAAUGCAUGUGGAAGGGGGAGGCUGUGUACAUAUAUCCAAGUGCUCAGCCUUGAUUUAAACUUUUUUGUCGUUGAAUGUAAAAAUCAAGAUAAUGCCAGAAAGUACUAUAAUGUUACUAAUUUUGCUGAUGCUAGGUACACGUGAGCAGCCAGUCAGUGACCAUUUGUUCAAAAGUGUAAUAGAAGUUACAAUAAACCCAGUAUUAUUUUGUUUAAACUGUGCUCUUGACUAUUGAAGUCUUAUUACUUUUGUAGUAGAGCAUGAAUGGUGUUAAGAUUUAAUAAACAUUUCUGAACAAUCAGUCUGUGUUUCAGAAUUUGCUGUUUCAUACCUGUACAUGUAGACCAAUGUGCUUCUACUGUCUGUAUACAGUGUAUACAUGUAUGUAUGAAGUCUGACACGCUGUGGCUUGUAACAUACAUGAAUGUGUGAAGUCUGACACACUGUGACUUGUAACAUACAUAAAUGUGUGAAGUCUGACACG